AUGAAGAUGAUCUCGCUCGGUGUCAUGCUCGCCGCGCUGCUGUCUACCACCUAUGCGAGUGCGAUCGAUGCGCAAGCAGGCCAGGCAAUGCAUUUGGCAAAGCGAGGCUUGUAUGGCGGCCCCCUGAUCUGCUGGAUCCGCGCAACGGCAGCCGGUCAAGCUGACUCGGCCACUCAAUUCGCUCUCAAUUGGGACAUGAAAGCAAAUCAGUAUCGCUCUGCAUACGUGCUCGGUACAGGCGCAGGACUGGUACCUGCCGACAUGGAAGCCAAUGCCGGCCACACGGUUUCUGGCUUCUCGAUCAAUGCUGGCAGCUACCUUUACAUACUCUCUUUUGUAUAUGAUCACACGGGCUUCUUCCAAGUCAGGCUCGCCUCAGGGACGAUCAAUGGCGUCAGUGACGCACUGAAGCAUCCCAUGGAGGGCAUACCUGCCGAGGAGCUCUCGAGCUUCUCGAUGAAGCAACGUGAUAAGGAUCUCCUGGCAGGUGCGGCGGGAGGGAUCGCACAGAUUCUUGUGGGCAUGCCAUUCGACAAUGUCAAGUCAAAGCUGCAGAGUGGAGCGAGGGAGUAUGCCGGCGCACUUGACUGUGCACGAAAGACAGCAGCUGAGGAAGGCAUGCUUGCGUUCUACAAGGGGACCACCAUGCCCCUCGUCUUCAUCGGUCUCUGCGUCUCUGUCCAGUUCGGCGUGCUCGAGGCCGUCAAACGAGCUCAACAAGCCAGCAACCUCAGACGUACGGGCACAGAAACGCUCUCGAUCCCUCAACUGUGCCUGGCAGGCUCUGCUGCAGGCUUCGCCAAUGCUACCAUCCUAGGCCCCGUUGAGCAUAUCCGCAUAAGACUCCAAACUCAGCCACCAGGUCCAGAAGCCUACCGCGGACCCUACGAUGCUUGUCGUCGCAUCUUUGCUUCCAAUGGCAUCACAGGCAUCUACCGUGGUCAGACGAUGACCUUUGCAAGAGAAGGAUGGGGUCUGCUCUGCUACUUUGGCACGUACGAAUCUCUCGUCGCGCGUGAAUGCCGCGAUCGCAAUGUCACGCGCAAGGAGAUUGCUAUUAGCUCAUCGGCUUUGUAUGGCGUCUGUGCAGGCUGGGCGCUCUGGCUGUCUGCCUACCCUCUGGACGUGAUCAAGACGCGCAUGCAAACCGACAACUUCGCCAAGCCACGAUACAGCUCGUCUCUCGAUUGCGCAAAGCAGCUCAUCGCAAAAGGAGGUUGGAAAGGGUUCGCACGCGGUUUGACGCCAACGCUGAUCAGAAGUCCGUUUGUGAACGCGGCAACUUUUGCCGUCUUUGAGUCGACACUCAAGUAUCUCGGCUAA